UAGAAUGGCUACCAUGAUGUAUCCUACUCUUACGAAAUCUCAGAGUAUGCGUUCCAAGCGAAAGUCAGCUGUAGAGCUUCUGGCAGAGAGCAAACCCUUCUAUGUCAAGUCAGAGGUAGUGAGGGACACCACUCAAGCCAUUCCAUCAAGACCUAAUCCUAAUUUUGGUGCUUAUGGAACAUACAAUCGCAGCAAGUCUGUAAAUGUGGCAGGCCAUGGAUCCAACUACAGACCCACAACCCUACCACAUUACAUGGCAGUAUCACCUUCGAGAUCUCUCCCGCCUCUAACCCACCGCAGAUCUGUCCACUCGGCGAACAGCGAACUGCUACAGAACAAGCUGCGCCAGCUGCUGGUGUGCGACAGCGCAGAAGAGCUCUGCGUAGAGCAGAUGGCCCCCCUCAGCCCGCCCGCCGAGUAUGCCCAAAGAUGUCACAAGAGCCUACCCGAUCUACACUGCAGGGAGCCCAGCUCCAACAAGAGCAGCAACAAGAGCUUAUCUAACAGAGAUAGCGGGGGCUCCAGUGGGCACUACACGCAGCGCAGUGAACCCCCACCACCACCAAGACAGCCCGAUUGUAAGAUAUUCCAGGAGACGCGCCGCGACUCCGGUUCGAGUACGCAGCACAGCGGCGGCAGCUCGUAUUUCUGCUGCCAGGAGCCCGAGUGCCGAGCGAGACAGGCGUACCCGCCGCCCCCCUCCACCUUCAAGCGCCAGAAAUGCCUGCGCUACAAGCGGGACCGCCCCAUCCUGCGCUCCAAGUCUGAUAUCAGCGACAGGUACUGGCGGCCUCCCGAGCCUCCCACGAGCCAUCUGCAGCAGUUCUUCGAGCAACUGGGCCUCACGAGCGACACCUACGAGGAGAUGUUGAGUCACAGCGGUUCCUCCACGAGCCCCGUUUUCUUUUCGGAUGUCUCUACAGUCGAUUCGAGCAGGCCGAUAGAGAACGUCGAUUAUUGUUCUUCGUCGUACCGAUCUAACGAGCCUCCCUCUAUUGUUGAGAGGAAUGCGCGGAUUAUCAAGUGGCUGUGCAACUGCCGGAAGCUGCAGCUGUCUUGAGACAGGGCCAUGGGGCGCUUGCGCCUGGGCGAUUCGGUGAUAUAGUACGAAAUUCUAAUCUAAUGAAUCGAUGUCGUUGCAUAGAUAAAUGACACUAUGUUCACAGGGUGAUUCAAUUUUUUGCUGGAAGAUUGGAGAGGGUGAUAGAUUCAUUUCUCAAAAUUUUUGGGAUUCACCCAGUGGCGGCUCGUGACUUCCAUGACAGAGGAGGCUGAAUGCUAUGAGAUUUAUUGUGAAAAACAACUCUCUACGACUCACCCAAAUCAAUAGCUUUAAUGACAUUCUGUUUACCAGUUAACCUGAACUUAAUACUUGAAGAGGUGUGUUCCUGUGAUUUGCAGUGUCUAUCCAAUCCGUGAGGAAAAUUUUUCAAAUCAUUAUAUCCUAAUCGCCCCCAACAUGAUGACUUAUCGGUUGAAAAUAAUACGCAGUACGAAAAAAAUUGCUUAUUCCUUACCUCAGAUCCCGUCAACCAGAUAUAUUUUUUAUAAUUAUCAGAAUUGAACGAACGAUUUCUGUUUGUUACCUGUUACAAUCAGAUAUCAGAUUUUUUUAAUUCCGGUGUCGGACGUUUGUUUUUCACCAUCAAUUUAUCUUCAUAAGACAAAGCACUGAAUGGGUUCCCCAAAAAGUAUUCCACUAAAUCGCAAUCGUUUGAAACACUCAUUUUUCAGAAAUUUAUUGAGCUCCUAACCAUUAACCUAACAUAAACAAUGCACUCGCCAUUGUCCGCGACGAGACACGACCACGACAAACACGUGUUAUUCGGGCGUAUUCGGGCAUUUGCAUUGCGCGCUAGGGGUGCGCAUUGUGAUGGAGUCUAGCCUCCUAUAGAUGUUGCCAAGUUGAAUAUUUUACGCGUGAUGCCAAUUUAAAAAUAUUUACCUAGACAGGAAAUAAAAUCAAAAUCCAUGUAUUUUGGUGUCCUUUUAAUGAGAAAGUAUAGACAAUAUCAGUUUAAGGAGAAUCUCUGAGGAGGCUCAGCCUCCGUUGCCUCCUCUGAGGAGCCGCCACUGACUGUUAAUACAAUUAUUCUUCGGCGAUUGUUCAUUUUUCAGCUUUGUUCGAAUAAGAAUUGAUCUCAUUCAAGUUUCAGUCUUCAACACAGGAUUUACUUGUCAGUUACCACCAAAACUAUUAUUUUUUUUCGAAAAAUCUAUCGUAUUUCAUAGCGUCGAAUACAUUUUUUACAAAUUAUAUUUAUUGAAUUUCCAAAUUUAUAUAAUUUUGUUUUUGUUUUGUUUGAAUACAGUAAUACAAAACACAUGAAUGCAUACGUACAUAGAUUAAUAAAAACAGAUUGAAAAUGAACUGGACUAAUGACAAAAAACAUCAUAGUCAACAUUGACACAUUCAAUUUAUGUCAAGAUUUCUCCCGAACCAUAUAUCUUCCAUUCUCUUAAUUUUUUUCACCCUGUAUUAUAGUGUUUCUAAUCUAUGGUCAUCGCGUAGUUUUUUAUGGUGUUCGUGACUUCGUGACGGUCGUGUUCGAUUAAAACAGUCUACUUUUGCUAUGCAUUAAGGGUGAACACAAUGAAAAUUCAAUAUAAUAAUUGGAAAAUAAUAAUAAUUUGGGUCAUUUUGAUUUUUCUGGUGUUUUUACUCUGAGAUGCAUGGUAGACUGAGGCUACUGUACUGCCUCUUUUCAUGAAGGUUGUUCAUAGAGGAAUUUCAUAUCUGGAAUUGUUCUUUUCUUGUUCCUGUUGCCGCAUGUUCAAUAAUUUAUGUUAUUUGUCGUUUGUGAUUUGAGAGACUGGCGAAUUAUAUCAUUUCCAGGCAAUAUUUCAAAAAACAAAUAUAUCACCAAUCAAUACUUAACUUUUCCAUAUGCAAUAAAACUAAGCGCAAAUCAAUUUUUUAUAUUUCAUUUACAUUAGUCGAUAACGCAUUAUGAAUAUAAUCAAAGUGAAUUCGAUAAUCAGUCAAAAUAAUGAGAAAUAUUGAAGAACUCACAUAAUUUUUAUAUAAUCUGAAUACACUGUUAUCAUAUUUUGGUUCAUAUUCAGUAUACUUUUUGUUAACUCAAUUGAUAUUCAUAGCUAAAGGAUAUUGCACAAGAUUUAUUGUUCUUUUUAAUCUUGUAAAAGUGAUUGGCUGUUUUUGUGAAAUUGGAUAGUAACUUCUCUGAGAAUUGAUAAUAAUUGAUUAUAAAAUCUAUUGUUUAGCCAUUUAUUUGUGAAGAUUAUUAUUUAAUGAAGUCAUUAUUUUUUAUUCAAUGAAUUGUUAUUUCUAUAUUAUGUUUUCUAUUAUUUGUUUCCACAUCUUUUCAGGAAUAUAAACCGAAAACUGAAACAUUUUUUGAAAUAUCAAUGUGGAAACAAAAAUCUGUUAUUUGUUUUUUUUUAAAUUGAGUUUAUUUUAAAUGUCAAUACAGUGAAUAUAUCAGACUUCAAGCUUUUCAAGAAUAUCGUCAACAAUUGUGAUUAAUUCAACUCCGAAUGACAUACAUGUACGAAAAAUUCUAAUUUGGAACAAAUUAAAGUUCCUCAGUGAUAAGCAACAAAUUCAGACAACCCUGGUAUAUCACCUAAUUUUCUGUCUCUUUGUUUUUUAAGUUUAUUCUGGUCUGAUAUAUUACCUGAAAAUUUAUAUUGCCCUUAAAAGACGUUCUUGCAUUUAUAUUUUUAUUAACUAUUUAAUGAUACUCAAAAUAUUUUUCCUUAUACAAUAUCUAUAAUUUAUCAAUCAAUAACUUUCGAAAGAUCAUAAAUUCAUGUGAUAGGAGUAUACAUUGUAAAUAAAAAUGAAAAACUACGGUUUUAGCAUGAUCAACCUUUAUCAAGAUAGCAUUAAGACGUUUAGUCGAGAUUACUUCAAAUUCUAUGAAUUUAUAUCUAAAUAAAAUCACUCUACGGAUUUUCAGAUACAAUACAGCUUUUCUGUAGAACCCUUGAACCACUUGAUAUCUUUGGAAAAUUUAAGUUAGUCAUAGGUAAUUUUUUCAGAUUUUUUCAAAUAGCAGAUAAUGACGGUUUAUUUCCUUACUGUUGAAAUUGUUUACUCUUUUUGAAGAAAAAUUCCAAGAAAUCCGUGACACUAAAAGAAAUUCAUUCAUUUUUAUUCCAUAGUGAAUUACGUCCCGAGAUAUGGUCCGAAUGUAUUGUAAUACGACUGAUUUUUUAUCCUAAAAAAAUUUUCUGUAAGUCGAUGAAAAAUCAUUUUUGAUAUCCAAAAACCAUAAGUGAGUAUAUCAAAUCGUUCAAGUGGUUUGAGAGUUGUAUUGCUAUAUACAGGGUGAGUCAUGAGGAACUGUACAUAUUCCUACCACGAAUAGAAGCUCCUGAGGGGAAUACCUGAUGUCACAGAAGAUGUCCAUGUGCCUUCUUCACUUCUUUUCCAAUAUACAGUGUGGUCAUUUAAGUGUGCAACAUAUGGGAAUCUUUUCAAUGAAUUGCUCUUCCAAAAUACAGAUAGUGCCGAAAGUUGUUAAUCAAAACAACAUCAGUAGAGAAUACCUUCGUUCAAAUUCAAGAAUAUUUGUGCAAUCAACUUGGAUUUUAACUUCUUUAAAGAAUCAAAAACUUUUUGUUUGUUGCAACGAUAUUCAGCUUAACUUCAAAAUUUCGCAAACCAUAUUUUCAACAAGGUAAAACAUCAAUAAAUGAGGAGUUGAUGUCACCAAACUGUCUUAAUGUUUACUGUCAACCCUCAUUUGUUUUGUUCCUUGGGUAUUCGUGAUUAUUCCAAAUGAUAUCAAGGUUAUCGAUUGAUUUGUACAGCUUUUUCAUACACAUUUCAAAUGCAGAAUGUUCACAUUACAUGAAAACGGUCCUGGAUAUUCUCGAUUCUGGAAAGGUCAGUCGAUUAGGGUUUAGUAGAGAAAUAUUCCAUGGAGAAAUCAGACGAAUCAAAGGAGCUGUUGAAAAGUUAUACCCAAAAGAUGUUUUUGCCAAAAUUUCAUAUUUCACCCUAUAUAUUGGUAAAGAAGAGAAGAAGACACUUUCUGAUGAUCAUUAGGUAUUCACCUCAAGGGUCUCUAUUCGUGGUAUGAGUAUGUACAGUUCCUCAUGACUCACCCUGUAUUAGCUGUAUACAGGGUGAUCCACGGUGGAUGACCUAUUAGAAGUAUCUGGAGAACGAAAAGACGGAACAUUCUGAAAAUUGGAAUCCUAUGAUAAUUGAACAUUCUCUAUCCGUCUAAAAUAUUUUCAUCGAUACAGUGUUGCCACUUCUAUCAGAAACAACUAACAACUUUGUUAUUUCGAAUAGAACACCCUGUAUUUCAUUGCAUUUUUAGAUUCUUCCUAAAGAGCUGAUUUCAUCAAUGUAUCACACUUGGGGUUUAGCAGGAAUGAUUACAGAGAUAUGGGGUGUUCAAAAUCGAGAUUUUUCAAUUUUAAGAUUUUUUGUGUCGAAACUAUUCAUUAUCGAUCAAAACGGCUUACAUGUCCCUAUCUCAACUUUUGAAUCACUAUCUACUGGAAUAAUUUAAUUAGUAAAAAUACAGGGGUGCUUGAAGAUUCAGAAUUCUGAUCACCCUGUAUCUGUUCCGAUUAAAUGUCAGUAGAAAGUGAAUCGAAAGUUGAGAUUGGAACAUGUAAGCCGUUUUGAUCGAUAAAUGGAUAGUUUCGACACAAAAAAAUCCUGAAAUUGAAAAAUCUCGAUUUUGAACACCCUAUAUCUCUGUAAUCAUCCCUGCUAGACCCCAAGUGUGUUGCAUUUAUGAAAUCAGCUCUUCUCAGGAAGAAUCCUAAAAUGCAAUAAAAUACAGGGUGCUUCAUUUAAAAUAACAAAGUUGCUAGUUGUUUCUGAUAGAAGUGACAACACUGUAUCGAUGAAAAUAUUCUAGACGGAUAGAGAAUGUUCAAUUAUCAAAGCAUCCCAAUUUUCAGAAUGUUCUGUCUUAUCGUUCUCCAGAUACUUCUAAUAGGCCAUCCACCGUGGAUCACCCUGUAUUUGUGUAUGUUGUCUUGAUAAUAUAAGCUGAUCAUGGUUUUAGCUUUUAACCAUGUAAUGGAUUGCUGAUUGUUAGUUGAGAUGCCGUGCAUCUACACUGUCUAGUCUGUACUUAGUUUCGUCGAAUACCUUGUUUCUUAUAUAGAGCAUAGCUAUGUUACUCGAUUGCAAUAAACAUAAGUUAAUGGUU